GGCGGGGGGGCCGCGGCCCUGGACUGUUGUGGAGGCCUCGGCAAUGUGGACUACGGCCAGAUCGAGUCUUCCGCCAUGACCUGGCUCCUUGGCUACGUCAAAGUGACCGACUGCACCUUUGCCGCUGCUGUCCUGUUCAUUUUUUUUAACCCGCUUUUCUGGAACGUGGUAGCAAGAUGGGAGCACAGAACCAGAGCGCUCAGCAGGGUCUUUGGCUCUCCCUACACUGCAUGCUACUGCCUGGGGGUGAUCAUCCUGCUGCUUAACUUUGUACGGAGCCAUUGUUUCACACAAGCGAUGAAGAGCCAACCAAAGCUGGAAGAUUUGGAUUGCCUUUUUUCCUACUAUGUGGGCUUGGUCCUCCUGGGAAUAGGAACCUUAUUUGUCCUCUCCAGUUUCUUGGCAUUGGGAUUCAUCGGGACUUUUUUAGGUGAUUACUUUGGCAUCCUGAUGGAGGCGAAGGUGACCAGAUUCCCAUUCAAUGUGUUGGACAACCCCAUGUACUGGGGCAGCACAGCCAACUACCUGGGUUGGUCCAUCAUGCACGCAAGCCCAGCUGGCCUCUUGCUGACGGCUCUAGUGGCAAUUUCCUAUGUGGUGGCAAUGCAGUAUGAGGGACCUUUCACGGAAGAAAUCUAUCGACAGAAACAGAAGGCAGUGAAGAGCAAAUAGCAAGAGUUUCUCAGCCCUCUUGCUGCAUGAUGUGGUUUCCUGGACCCGUUGAUGUCUGAUCUGCCUGUUUUCCCAUUGAGAUGUAUCCUGCUAAUUAGUCCAACAAUCCCCAGUGAGCACCUUGUGCCAACUCAGCGCACCACCGCACCUACGCCAACCCAGGAAACAGAAGAACCAGAUGACUGCACCCUCCAGUCACGGCCCUGCAGGGGGGAUUCUCUGGAACUCGGCUUGCCUCUUACAUCUCCUCCUUUCAGCCUGGAUCAAAGGAUACUGCAACAGUGCAUGAAAGGGGCAGCCAACAAGGAGAAGGCCAUCUCGGAGGGGAAGUACUGUGUGGCACUUUCCCACCUAUCCUGGAACAAAGCAAAACCACUUAUUUAGCAGCCAGCAACUCUCCCUCUUCCCAGCCAGCUUUGAGUCCUAACAGACGGGCGAGUGAAGUAGCCCUGGAGAUGCUUAGAAGCACUUGUUUGGAACAGGGGCUCUCUGCUGUUGCCUGGCUGGCGUGCAGCCAUCCCAGGAACCAGGCUGUGAUUUUCGGAGGGCCGUGCAGCUGUGAAGACCUCGGGACUGAACCACUGCUGUGCGCGUCUCAAUCUGGCGCAUCGAAUCCAGGCAUGAGCUGUCACUGCAGCGCUCACUUGAGACGCUGCCACUGUCAAGGCUUUGGUAGGCAUCCCAGGUCCUCUCAGAAUCCGGUGGCAGCAUUGCAAACAGGCUCGCCAUAAAGGAGUGUGGGACAAAGUCUGGCUCAAGCCGUCAGCCUGCAUGAGAGUUCAGCCUCUGUGGAGCAGGUGUUGUGCCCAUGCAGGGGCUGCUUGGCUGGAUUUGAACCUGCAGCCAGGGGAGAAAACUAGCAGGAGAACUGGGAGGCAUGUGCAUAUCCUCAGGGAAUAGGGAGAAAUAGGAUGCCAUGGGACUGAGUGUAUUAGCCAGGGGAAAAUUGUCCCAGGAUUCUGCACUAGGUAGAGCGGCCGUGAUCUCUGGUGGCGCUGGCAGUCAGAACUCUGCCUCUGUCGCUGUGUAACCUGAAGCAUGUGGCUAAGAGCUUGCUCUGCAAAGCCUAGAGCUCAAGUUGAAGCCCCGAGACAUGCUGGCACUCGCACCUCCACCCACCCAGCCCUUAAACUGCCACUCAUCAUACUGACCUGACCCUCGCAGGACUUGUGAGGCUCAAUAACUGAAUGCAUGUAACAUGCUUUGUACCCCAGGGCUGGACAGUGUGGUCUCUGGAGAGGGGCACCGUGCCCAUAUGGAAAGGUGUCCAUGCAGAGAGAUUUGUGGCCUCUGAGCUGCCUUUUUGUCUCAGGCGCCUGCCCGUCUGUUCCACCACCUGGAUUGUGAAGGGGUGGCAGACGGCAGCUCGGGAACAGCAUUUAUGUGCUGGAACUGCCACGCCAGCCAAGAACAAAGGGUGCAGAGAGCCUCAGCCCCCUUCUUCUGCUCCCUGCCCAUACACACAUGUGCUGUGCUACGUAACUCUACCAGAUAAACCGGCCCACCUUGCACAGUGCUGCCGAAGUGUGGAGUCCCCAGGGAAACUUUGUAGUUUCCCUCCAGGUUUGCUGUCAUCUGCAGAGGGAGGCUGUGCUCCCCCACACCUUUACCCUCAAGCACAGAGUAUCACCAGUGGGUUUGAGCUCUUCAUUUUUGCCCUGCAGCGGGGGGGUCCUCUUUCAGUUAUUUUCUUGUUCGCCUUUGUCCCAAGGAGACCAUUCCACCAUCCCCACGACACCAGGGACUGAAUUUCUAGCUGCUGUUUUAUUCAGAGGGUCCCAGGGCUGGAACCCAGUCUGAACAAGGAAAGAUGUCACAGAUAAGAGCUCAAGACUGUGUAGUCAAGGAGAAGAAA